CUCCCUCAAAAGCCCUUUAAUAACCCUUAAGACACCGAUCUUAGCCUUCGAAAGACAAUGUUUUCACAGAAUACAGCCUCUCUUGCCCUCUUCUUUGCCCUCAACAUCCUCUUUUUCACCUUAACCGGUGCAACUGAUUGUGGCUGCAGCCCAAGUCCUAAGCCCAGGCCGGUCCCAAGUCAUUCGGUCCCAAGUCCUAACCCUAGGCCAGUCCCAAGUCCUUCGGUCCCAACUCCAAGCACACCUGGCUCAUCUGGAAACUGUCCUAUAGAUGCCCUCAGGCUCGGUGUAUGUACGAAUGUCUUAAGCCGUUCACUCAACGUUCAAUUGGGUCAACCGUCGCCUCAACCAUGCUGCUCGGUCAUACAAGGUUUGGUUGAUCUUGAGGCUGCGGUUUGUCUGUGCACUGCUCUUAGGGCUAACGUUCUCGGCAUCAACCUUAAUGUUCCUAUAUCUCUCAGUGUUCUUCUCAACGUUUGUGACAAGAACCUUCCAUCUGGUUUCGAGUGCGCUUGAACGAUAUCUGCUAUGUAUAAAAUGCGCACGCAAAAUUUCCUUUCCAAAAUCUUAUACUUUGAAUAAAUGCAUGUAUGCAUGCAACGUUAAAUGGUUGUUGUUUAAAUUUAUUGUUUAAGUAAGAGUUAUUUACACUUCUUCGUAAACGCUUUUCCAAGCAUGUAUGUUUUUGUUGUAACGUUUGCUUGUAGAAAGUUGGGUGAAAGAAUUUCCAGUCAUUUCAAAGAGUAUUCAUUUCUAUUA